GUUUGAAGACAGAGAAACUGGUUUGCAUUUAACCCGGGUGGUGAAGAUUUGUUAUUCAUCAAAAGGACACCUGUUUCCUUCUUCUAUGUCAAAUUUUAUCCAUUAGGAGAAGCCAAGCCAAUCCAAAGAAGGAGCUUUUCUUUUCUUUAGAUAUGAUGUGGUGUAGACAGUAGAGUUGCAUUGAUAUGGAAAGUUCGGAAAAUGGUGCAGCGAAAGUAGAGCCUCCUGAUCCUGAAGUUACUGAGAGUGAUCCAACUUGUCGAUAUGUGCGGUACAAUGAAGUGAUUGGCAAGGGGGCAUUCAAGACAGUUUACAAGGCAUUCGAUGAAGUCAAUGGACUUGAAGUGGCAUGGAGCCAAGUUCGGAUUGAUGAUGUGUUGCAGUCACCUGAAGACUUAGAGAGGCUCUACUCUGAAGUGCAUCUCUUGAAAUCAUUGAACCAUACCAAUAUUAUAAGGUUUUAUAAUUCGUGGAUUGAUGAUAGGAACAAGACUGUUAAUAUCAUUACUGAGUUGUUCACCUCGGGUAACCUCAGGCAGUACCGGAAGAAACACAGGAAGGUUGACAUGAAGGUAGUGAAAGGGUGGGCAAGACAGAUUUUGUCUGGUUUGAACUACCUUCACAGUCACAAUCCACCAAUUAUACAUAGGGAUCUAAAGUGUGACAACAUAUUUAUCAAUGGUCACCAAGGAGAAGUUAAAAUUGGAGAUCUUGGGUUGGCUACUUUCAUGGAGCAUGCUAAUGCCAAAAGUGUAAUAGGAACUCCUGAGUUUAUGGCUCCUGAGUUGUAUGAUGAGAAUUACAAUGAAUUGGCUGAUAUCUAUUCCUUCGGGAUGUGCAUGCUGGAGAUGGUAACAUUUGAAUACCCAUACAGUGAAUGCAGAAACUCUGCUCAGAUAUACAAGAAGGUUUCAUCUGGAAUAAAGCCUGCUGGCCUAUCUAAGGUAAAAGAUCCAGAAGUGAAGCUAUUUAUUGAGAAGUGUCUGGUUCCUGCAUCCCAAAGACUGUCAGCAAAGGAGCUUCUGAUGGAUCCUUAUCUCCAAGUGAAUGGAUCAGGAAAAAACUUUGCAAUGCCACUUCCUGAUAUAGUUUUGCCCAAAAUGGCGGCCUUUGGAGAACGGUGUCUGUUGUCGGAAGGACCAGUUAAUGCACGGAAUAGACCCUCCUCCUUGGAUUUUGAACAUGACACUGAGCUGCCAACUAUAAAUUCUUUUAAUCAUUCUGUUGAUGGGGAUUCCUAUUCUCAGAGCUACGAGGUUCGAAGGACAAAUAGAGGCAACUUUUUCCUGUUAAAAGGCGAGCUAAAUGAUGAAUACUCUGUAUCAUUGAUCCUUCGAAUUGCAGAUCACAGUGGUCGUCUCAGGAAUAUUCAUUUUCUUUUCUACCUAGAUGGUGAUACAGCUUUUACAGUUUCAAGUGAAAUGGUGGAGCAGCUGGAACUGGCAGAUCAGAAUGUUACAUUCAUUGCAGAGUUGAUCGAUUUAUUGUUGUUGAAUCUGAUACCCAGUUGGAAACCUUGUGUCCCUAUCGAUCAUUUGAUUCCUAAAAAUAGAUUAGCAAAGCAUACCGAUCAUAAGAAGAGCAUUCGGUCACUAGAAAGUUUAGAGAAUUCAGUGGAGUCGCGCCCUAGUGCUUGUGAAUCUGUCAAUCAUUCAAAGUCUUCAAUUCGCCUGGAUUCUGGUUCUACCGGGGAAUCCAUUCAAACAACGAAGCAAGGACCUGAUUUUGUGAAGCUUGAUGAGAGAAGAUCCCGCUCUGAUUUCAGUUUCCAGGUUUCAACGGUAACAGAUGUUUGGUCUUCUGAGAAGUCAUAUGCAUCUGCAACCUCCAGUGAUUUGAAUGAUAAAAAGUACUCCAUCAAUUCAGAUAUUAUGUCAGAAGAGUCAGGACCUGUGGAUUUCGAUGGUCAUUGGUUGAUGGAUGGAUUUAACGAAUCUCUUGCUAGAGUGAGAUUGACAGAGUCCCUUGAUGACAAGAGCAAGAUUUCACACAUAGACAGUAACGGUGUGGUGGAUAGUUUAAAUGAUCCGAGCAAAGAGUCUCAGGUGUUUGAUCCGGAAGAAGAUGAAGAGUUACGGAGGAGGCUGACGAUGAUUGAACAGCAGUACCAGGAGGGAGUUAAAGAACUCUCCCAGAAAAGACAUGAACUUAUCCUGCAGACAAGAAAGUUAUGGAAGAAAAAUGUAGAGUCAGUUUGUUAGUCCUUUUUUCAAUAGGAGUUUGUUCAUUUGUUUGUUUUUUCAUUAAAAAAAGAAAAAAUUGAAAACCUUUACAUCCUAAAAUCCUCACUGCAAGUGUAAAAGUUUUGUUCUAGGAGGAAAAAAUGUAAUAAACAAAUUUAUAUUUGUUUCAUA